GCGCACCGGGCGGCCCCGCAGCCCCCGGGCCGGGGCCCCAGCCGGGGAUACUGGGCUCCCCAGCUGCCCGCACCCCAAACCACUGGCACCCCAAGGAGGCUGCGCCCGAGGCCGAGCCAUGCCGCCCAGCCCGGCCGUAGCGGGCGCCCUGGAUCGUCCUCCUCUUCGUCCUCCUCAGCCUCCGCCUCCCCCGCCGCCGCCCCCGCUCCUGCUGCUGCUCCUCAACGCCUCGUCGCCCCCUCCGUCCCGCCCGUCGCCCCCCGCGCCGUCGGCCCGUGGCCCGUGGGCGUCGGUGAGCCCCUGGGCCGUGGCCCUGUGCGCCACGGGCACGGUGGUGGCCAGCGAGAACGCCGUGGCGCUGGCCGCGCUGUGCGCCUCCCCGGGCCCCUGCGGGCCCACCUGCCUGCUGCUGGGCAGCCUGGCCCUGGCGGACCUGCUGGCCGGGCUGGGCCUGCUGGCCGGCUUCGCCGCUCGCCACGUGGCGCGGCCCCCGAGCGAGGCGGCCGAGCUGGGCGCGGCGGGCCUGCUGCUGGCCGCCUUCUCGGCCUCGGCCUGCAGCCUGCUGGCCAUCACGGCGGACCGCUACCGCUCCCUGGCCAGCGCGCUCACCUACCCGGCCGAGCGCACCCGGCCGGCCACCUGCGCCCUGCUCGCCCUGCUCUGGGCCCUCUGCGCCGCCGGCGGGCUGCUGCCGGCCCUGGGCUGGCACUGCCUGCGCGCCCCGGCCGCCUGCAGCGUCCUGCGCCCGCUCACCCGGGACCACGCGGCCCUGCUGGCCGUGGCCUUCCUGCUGCUGCUGGGCCUCAUGCUGCAGCUGGACCUGCACAUCUGCCGCAUCGCUCGGCGACACGCUCAGCAGAUCGCCGGCCAGCGCCAGCACGCGCCCGGGGCCGCCCCGGCCCGCCGCGGGGUGUCCACGCUGUCCCUCGUCCUGGGCGUCUUCGCCGCGUGCUGGACGCCCUUCGCCGUCUACGCCCUGGUGGCCGACGCCUCCUCGCCGCCCGUCUACACCUACUGCCUGGCCCUGCCCGCCGCCUGCCACUCCGCCAUCAACCCGCUGGUCUACGCCUUCCGCGACCCGGACGUCCAGAAGUCGCUGGGCCUGGCCCUCGGGGGCUGCGGUCCCUGCUGCCCGCCCAGCAGCCUCUCCCCUCCGCCCCGGACCUCCAGCGACGUGUAGAGCAGGGGCCCGGGGGGCGAGAUCCGGUCACCCCCGGGGCCGGCCGGACCCGGAGGGCCUGUCCGCUCUCCCCUAGGACCCGGGGAGGGUGGGGGAGAGCAAGGAAGCCGAGGGAGGGGAGGGGGUCCCGAAACCCUCGGCUUGA